GCUCACAAAAUCACUCGCUUUCCAUCUUCUUCAACAUUGACGAGCGCUGGGUGGGGGACAAAACGAAAGUAGGACGGAGGACACAAUCCAGGCCCGCUUCGGUUCUGUUCGCUUUCGAUCGUGUUCGGAGACAAACAAGCAAACCAAGCGGGAUGUGUUUUGUCGGCCCGGCUUGUUGAGCAUCUCGCUGGUUCUUGGUCAGGUUUCGAACAAUGGACCCCCAUCGCUGUGAAGACGAGGCGGACUACGAAGAUGAAGAUGUGGACCCCCGCGUCCAGGGCGAGCUGGAGAGACUCAACCAGUCGUCGGACGACAUCAACCGAUGCGAGACAGCGCUGGAGGAGGCCCGGCAGAAGUUUCGCUCAAUGCUAGUGGAGGCCACCGUCAAGUUGGACGAGCUCCUCAUCAAGAUCGGAAAGACGGUUGACGAAUCCAAGCCGUACUGGGAGGCCCGGCGCCUGACCCGACAGUCCCAGCUGGAGGCCCAGAAGGCCACCCAGGACUUCCAGAGAGCCUCCGAGAUCCUUCGCGCGGCCAAAGAAACCAUCCUGCUGGCCGAACAGCGCCUCCUAGAGGAGGACCGACGCCACUUUGACUCAGCCUGGCAGGAGAUGCUCAACCACGCCACGCAGCGGGUGCUGGAGGCGGACCAAGAGAAGAUCCGAAGCGAGGUGGCGCACAAGGAGACGGCGGCCAAGCACGCGGCGGCCAUCGCUCGCAUGAAGCAGCUGGAGAAGAAACUGAAACGCACCAUCAACAAGUCAAAGCCCUACUUUGAGAUGAAAGCCAAGUUCUACCUGCAGCUGGAGAACCUAAAGAAGACGGUGGACGAGCGACAGGCCAAGCUCUCGCACGCCAAAGCUGAAUACAAGACAGCCCUCUGUAACCUGGAGGCCAUCUCGGAAGAGAUCCACGAACGGCGGCGCAGCUCCGUCAUGGGCCCGCGGGGAUGCGGCGUCGGCGCAGAGGGCGACAUGGACCAGUCGUCCGGCGUCAAAUCGGAUUCCGAUGGCAUUUCCAUGAUGUCGGUGUGUUUUGACGAGCCGUGCAACGGCGGUAGCGUGGCGUCCGAGGAACACUCUGAGACGCGUUCCACGUGCAGUCUGGGUUCCUCGCCCGACAACCCCGAGGAGCUGCAGUCGCCGUCUUCCUUCACCUCUUCCUCCUGCGCCUCCUCUUCCUCCGCCUGUCCGUCACCGACUCCAUCGUGCUCCUCGUCCUCCUCGCCUCCCUCUCGGCCGUGCAGCCUGGAGCUGCCCAUCUCCGUCUCCCUGUCGGACUUUGGUCUCAUCUCGCCCGUGCUCGGCCCUCGCAGCGAGUGCAGUGGGGCAUCGUCGCCCGAGUGUGACCUGGAGAGAGGUGAGCGUGCGGAAGGCGCUGAGGUGACGUUGGACAACGGGCCAGCUAUCAUCAACAACAGGAACAACAACAGCAGUAGUGUAACAGCCGCCACCAAGAGGAGCUUCAACCUAGAGGCUCGUUUCAGUUUCCUCAACCUGCGACGGCAACGCAGCGACGCCAAAAAUGCGGACAACUUUUCCCAGAAGGCCGUGGUGGUCAAAGGACUGUGAGAAACCGUCGCAGGAACAUUGAUUUGGAGUGACUCUGAAAGACAAAUUUUAGGAUCUUUUCAUUCUUGUUGAUUUAUUCCACGAAGAUGGGAGCUGGCAGCAAGCAUUGUGAAAAUGUUUUGUGUUGAAUAAAGAAAAUGUUACUCUGUU